CUCGCCCCCGCCCAUCUCCAUGGUGACGCGGACGCGCUUUACGGCGGGACACGCAGGAGCGGCUCGGCGUCGGGCCCAUGGAGGAGCUGGGCUGGAGCACGGACGCCGGCGGGGCGGUGUAUCGCUCCCGGGACCCCGUGCGGAACCUGCGCAUCCGGGUUCACAUCCAGCGGGUCACUUCCACCAGCCUCCUCCUGCAGCAGCUCCAGCAGCCCGCCGGCCAGCAGGGGAAGGAGCUCAUCAGCUUGGCCACCUUCAGUUCCCACCCAGCAGCAAGUGGCUAUUGUCCUGAUGAUGAAGAGGAGGCAGUAAUUGGUUGGCAAGAAAAACUCUUCAGCCAGUUUGAGGUGGAUCUGUACCAACAUGAGUCAGCCUGUCAGACCCCCUUGGAUAGGCAGUACCACCAGGAGAUCUUGAAGCUGGAGAAGUCAGGAGGCCGGAAGAAUAACCGCAUCUUCACCUACACAGACCAUGACCGAUUCACCAACCUGAAGGAGCACUGUCAGAAAGUGACCAGCUCAGAGCAGGAGGUGCCAUCAUUCCUGGCAGAGAGGAUGGCCAAUUUAAGGAGAAGGCAGGACCGCAGGCCAACGGAAGGAAGUGUUCUGAAGUCCCGCGUCAUCACCUGGAAGCCCUCAGAAGAAUUUAUUAAGAAUAACCAUGUCAUCAACACCCCUGUUCAGACCAUGUAUAUCAUGGGAGACUUGGGACCAUGUGGGAUUGGGAAGCAUUGGCAGGGCCCUCUAGGGAAGCACAGUGAUCAAUCAGCUAUUGCUGAGCUGCUUCUCACCAUUCUGCCUGUGUUCUCUCUGUCACAGACUCUCCCUGGUGCACUGCGGCUGUUUGUGAAUGGAGAGAUAGUUUCAGCCCAGGGCUACGGGUAUGACCAUCUCUAUGUUCAUUUCUUCCUGGAGCUGCCCAGCCGUUGGUCGAGCCCAGCAUUCCAGCAGCUCUCUGGGGUGACACAGGUCUGCGUCACCAAGAUCCUGGGCAAGGACAAUGUGGCAUACUUCUCCUACCCCUUUACUCUGGAGAUGUUUUUCACCCAAGAGGAUGAGUCAGAAGGCUCUCUCCCACAGUGGCCUGUGAUCUAUUUUGAGGUUCUCUCGCUGGAUUCUUGGCAGAGAUAUCGUGUUGAAGGUUAUGGCUCUGUGGUGCUGCCAGCAGCUCCAGGGUUCCACACCCUGACAGCCCCCACCUGGCGACCCAUUGAGCUGGGGACGGUCGCUGAGCUGAGGAGGUUUUUCAUUGGUGGAUCCCCUGAACUGGAGGACAUGACCUACGUCAGGAUGCCAGGAAUCUUCAAGGGAGAGUGCCUGAGCCGCUUUGGCUUCCGCACAGAGACAACAGGAAGCGUCACGUUCCGGCUCCACUGCCUGCAGCAGUCUAAAGCCUUCCUGGAGUCCAGUGCCCUGAGGAAGCGCAUGCAGAGUGUGCUGGACCGGCUCGGGGGCUUCAGCCAGCAGAGCUCCCUCUACAACGUCCUGGAGUGCACGCGAGCGCUGCAGCAGGGAAGGGCCCGUGGGCACCCUAACAGGCACUGCUACCGGAAGGUUCUAUCUUCAUGCCGCACAAGUUCCAAGAAUGUGAAUAUGUCAAGUCCACCUCAAAGGACACCAGUUACAAAGGCAUUCCAGAGGGCACGGCGCCGGAUGCAGGAAGCACGCGAGAGCCUCCCCCAGGACCUGAUCAGCACCUCUGCCUCCACCGUGUAGCAGCCAUGAGCACUGAGCUCCCAGCACCUCCACUGGCACCAGGCCUGGCUGGGUGCAGCAGUAGGGUUACCAUUCGUCCAGAUUCUGCCGGACAUGUCCGGCUUUUUUGAGUUAAAAAUAGCGUCCGGCGGGAAUUUGUAAAUGUCCGGAUUUCCCUCCCACACAGAGUGUGCGUGGCUG